AUAUAAGUAAAAACAAAGUUUACAACUUCUCUGUAAAACCUAGUUAGCGUUGUUCGGAGAAAAAAAGUCGGAAAACUCAUCAAUGGCGAAACUCAAAGUUGCUGGGACAUGGGGAGGUUUAAUUGAGGUAGAACUCGAGAAUUGGACUCUACACAUGUUAAGAGACGAAGUCGCUAAGCGAUCAGGUCUCGAUCCUGACUCAAUCAAACUAAUUUGCGCCGGAAAAAUCCUCAAAGACGACGGCGAUGCUACUCUCACGCUUGCGCAAUUGGGUAUUAAAGAAAACUCCAAGAUCCUCUCUACUCGUGGCGCUGCACCCGAAGAAGGCAAAUCGAUCGUGGACGAAGAAGAAAGGUCCCGUCGUCUCUCUCGUGUCAAAGCUGCAGCGACUGCUUUAUCCAAGAGACAUGCUGAUGGUUCAUUACCGAUUGAAGACUAUAACAUUGAGCUGGAAGAUCAGGGAGGUCAUAAAGUACAGUUUGGAACUGAGACUGAUCAGAGUGCUGCAAUGAUGGGUCUUAUGUUACACACUAAAGCAAAAAGUUUAAUAGAAAUGGAAAUGUAUUCCGAUGCAGUUGAAGUGCUUGCUAUGGCAGAGGAAUCAUUCUUGCUCUGCGAUCCCAAGAUUCUCGCGUUUGUUGACAACCUCCCUAUGAUGGAAAUAGACAUUGUAUGGUGCUAUUUCUUGCUCCGGGACAUCAAAUGCCUUUCAGAUGCUGGAGUUCGCCUGGAGAGAGCAAGGAAAGGACUCGAGCGUGCUCAUGGGAAGGAUCUUUCUCGUUUGAGACUCCUUCAAGCAGGUCAAAGUCCAGAGAUGGCACUAUACGUGAGACUAGAGUUACUAGAAGGUGUUGUGGCAUAUCACACUGGUCAGUGUGAUAAAGCCUUGAAUGCACUGAAGUCCGCCCAUGCGAAAUUCUUGCAGCUACAAAUACCUGAUGAAACUCUGUCUCUAGUUAUGGGUAUGGGCUUCCAAGAGAAGGAUGCUAAAAGAGCUUUGCGAUUGAACAAUCAGGAUAUUGCAAGUUCUAUUGAUUUUCUUAUUGAAGAGAGGGCAAAAAGAGCCCAAAAGCGGGAGGAGGAUCUCCAGAGACAAAAAGAAAUAAAUGAGCAGAAAAAGUAUGGAGUGACACCCAUGAAGAAAGCUGUUGAUAUGCAGAUGCUUAACAGGCUCAACUCUAUUGGAUAUGCAAGGGAUCUUGCUGCUGAAUCCCUCCGGAGAAAUGAGAACGAUUUUCAGCAAGCUCUUGAUACACUCACGAACCCAAAAGUUAACUCGUCGAUACAGGCUUACAUUGAAUCGAGGAAAAGAAAAAGACAAGAACAACUAGUUGGGAUAUCAGUUGACGAACUUGUGACUAUGGGCUUUGAACGAGGACGAGCAACCUCUGCUUUGCAGGCUGGUGGACUCCGAGAAGAUAUAAUCCAAAGGCUACUACAAUCUGUACCAGAAGCACACCCAGCAAGCAGCGCUAACGAUGGGGUUGCGGAGAGCAGUGGUUUCGGGGGUCGAGAAAGCACAUCCAAUGAAGUUGAUGGUGGUGGGGCAGAGCAGGACUCUGAGAUGAAAGAUGACACAACAGAUGAGACUGCAAACCGAGGAAGCACAUCCGGUGACGACGGCGAGGAAGAAGAUCAAGAGCGGGACUCUGAAAUUGAAGAUGACAUAGCAAAUGAAAUCGCCAGGGUUGAUUCUUUGUCGGCCUAUGAUAUCAAUCUUGUUUUGGAAAUUGAAGCUAUCAAUGAGUACCUGGCCAUGCUAGAUGCAUCCCAGGAGUCUGCUUGAAAAGAUGAUGCUGGAGAAAGUUGUAGAUAACUAAUAAUGGCCAAUCUGGGUUGGUAUGCUAUGCCAGUUAGUUACCUUUCUUAUUAUGUUUACUAGGAUUUGCUAUGCUAGUUAUUAUAUAUUGGUAAAGGGCAUUUCAGCAUAUAGAGAGAAGUUCAAAUAAAUAAAUAUAUGGAAAGACAUUAAAUGAGAUA